CUGAUGCACACCCUUAUAGGCUGCCACCAGGUCACCCCUGAGCCUGCAUUUUUCCAGGCUGAAGAGUCCCAUGGCUCUCAGCCUUUCUUCAUAAGGCCUAUUCUCUUGUCCUAUUCUCUGCUCAGCAAAUACUUGUGAACCCACAAAUGAAGUGCGUCUCAAUCUCCUUCAGUGAGAUUGUCUACACAGAGGGUACGAUCCUUCUGUUGCUAUUGGUCACUCUAGUAGCUCAUGUAGUAGAGGCCUGUCAUGUCUGAACCCUGGCUGAUGGGACAAGUGGAGGUUAAUAUGAUUCUGCCUGGUAAAAGUUCUUACUCCUAAAUCUGCUAGUUUGGACAUUUGCUGUACAAAAAUACCUCAAAUCCCCUCCAGGUCAGGAGGUUUCCUAAAAGUUAGGAAAUGUGGAAAAGCCAGGAUUGAAGUUGCCUGGGCAUAAGCAUUGUGAUGCAGUCUUUCCAUUAAGACUAUUUUACCCAGGAACCGUGCCUCACUGAGCACAAGGACGGACUGGCUCUGCAAAUGAAACAGGGUUGUUGUGUCCUCUUUAUCUCUUUGCUUCUACUUUACUUGAUACAAAAAUUGGAAGGGGGCAAUUAAUGAUAAAGGGGUUGGCAAGAGCAGGUCUCAGGGUUCAAUAAGAUGUCACACAGGAACACUGGAUUCUGUCCCUGCCUCUGCCCCAAGUCCCCGCUUGAUGCUGCAACCUGUUACACUAAACGUUGCACAGCUGAUCACUAAUAGUUCAGUGCACUUUCUAGGUGCCCAGCCUAAUUUGCCAUAGAUCUAGGUGCUUUCAGCAGCAAUAGGAGUUGAUUGGAGUCCUGCUAUGAACGUAUGAACAUGUGAAGUAUUCUGGAAAACACAGGUUGUCUCAAGCUGAGCACCUGAAAUUAGUGGCUAUUUUAGAAAGUUUUGGCCCUUGUUGCUCUUGGCUUUCUGCCCCAGCUGUAAAAUGAUGGAUAUAAUAGAGGGAGAUAUGAAGAUAAAUUACCUAGUGUAUUAUAAGAGUGAUGCUGCAGUCAGGAAGCACUUGGUAUGGUGGUAAAAUCAGGUUUACUAAUGAAGCAGCAAAUUAGGUGGGUUCAGUGCAGGGUUUGCGCAGAAAAUAGUUAAUGAUCAGUGAGUGUCCUCCUGUGUUAAUGUUAAUAAAGCCAAUAAAUAACCUCAAGAUGGAGAAGUCUUAUGGCAAAAAUGGUUGUAUUCAUACCAUUAAACACAGUAGGAACAGGAGUGGUGAAUCAGAGCCACCCUGGUAGAGGUAAACCCAGUAUUCACUGACUUCCAAGUGCCACCUUUCCUGUCUUCUAAUGGAGGUGCUGGGCUGGGUAAAGAGUGGUGCUGCAGGGCUAAGCUGCGUUACCCUUCCACCCCAGCAUGCUGGGUUGACAUCAAGUCCGUCCAGGUCCGUUCUGUUCCUUCAUAGAUACAUACUGAAGGGAACUGUUUGGGUGGCGGUGAGGGUCAGAGCAACAGUAGGGGCCUGCAUGCACAGGGCUGCCUGCCUGACACCCUGCCUGCCCUGCAGCACGUAGCGCUGUUUGUCAAUGCUUUGUCUCACAGCUCAAGGAUGGGUGAGGAGGAAAAGUCUGAUUUCAACAUCCCCUGUCAACAGCAGGCCUGAGGGUAAACAGUGGGGGUAAGGCCUGGGCUAUCUCAGAGACUUGCUCCGUUUGCUCUCUGCAGAUACCCAGCCAGGCUCUCAGGGAGCAGGCUGCCCAGCUGCAGAACACACACCCAACAUGGGGGUGAAGAGGGCUCUGUGCUCCCCCUCACCCCAGGCAGCGAGGGGCAAACUUUGGCAGGAGAGCUGGGAUGUGCAUGCCCUGUGCAUGGCAGGGGAAUGCUGCUCCUGCACUGGGGUCUCAGCUGGACACAGCAAUCCUUCACUGUGGGAUCCAGACUGAGCCCCUGAUCACAUUGAAAGUCACUUGGGGGCUGAGAGUCAAGGGUAGGCAACCCCUGGCAUGGGUGCCAGAGUGUGUCAUGCAAAGGCAUUUUGCUUGGCAUAUGUGCCUCGGGGCAGACGGCAGGGAAGGGGUCAGGGCUGUGCAGCCGCAACAAGGACUGGGCCCCCGGUGGCUCCCCUGCCCUCUACCACUCGCAUGCCAACUUCUUAUAAGUUGAGGCUGCAGCUGUUUUUGGCACUCUGUCCCAAAACAUUGCUGACCCCAUGGCUGAGUCAUCAGGUCUGCCCCGUGGCACUCUGCCAUGGAUGUGCUCUGAAACCCUUGGGGUAGUAUAGACCUAAAGUAGUAGGCAAGGGAGAGAGGUUUUGCCAUGUGGGUAUGACAGGGCUCAUGUGGGUGUGAGGAUGGAGUAUGGGACCAGGCCAUUCCCAUUCUCCAGCAAAAGGGAGUUUGACCCCCCCCAUCACAAGUGGCUCCAUUUCAGGGUCAGCAGAUAUUCCCCAAGUUACCUUCACUCUACCCGUCACUCUUCGAGGGAGGAGGGUGUGAUGUCUGGUUGGGGAGCAUGGGUGGCAAUACCCACAGAUUGGAAGCAGUGUCCUUGCUUUCUUCUGUUCCUGCCUGGACGGGCGGCUUGGCUCAGCCCUUCAGCUGUGGCUGUCAUGGCUGCAGAAAGGAGAGUGGCAGGACAAGAGGACCCCCUCCCAUGUUACUGAGAACCGGGCUUGGGGUCAGCUGGAAUUAAACUUCUGGACUAUUGAACAAAUGGCCGGCUUGUGUGAUGCACCACCUGCACUCUCUGCCCCAACCCUUGCCUCAGUACUCUGGGCAGUGACUAAAAAUAGUUUUCCAAAGUGUUCCUGGGCAUGUGAGCGUGGCAGAACAGGAACUUGCUUGUGGUUCUCAUUUAUUAAUGGGUGGCAAUCCCUCAGCCCUGGGCCAAGUUCCACCCUGAGCCAAAGGCCAGAAAAACAGAAAAAGAGGGAGCAAGGGAAUGCGCUGAUGGGGAAUAUCCUGGGGCCACAGCACCAGCCAGGUGUCAUUUGUGCCACACUGACAGCAAGGGCGUGCGGCUGGUUAGCAGAGGUGCAGAAACCCCUAUUUCUUGGGGGUCACAAAAGCUUACGUCUCUGAUUUAGUUACUCUGUAAAGUGAAUAUGUACCCUGCCUUCUGCCUGACUUGAGCAGGGGUUGGCCUAGAUGACCUCCUGAAGUCCCUUUGAGGAGGGGUCCUGCUUUGAGCAGGGGGUUGGGCUAGAUGACCUCCUGAGGUCCCUUCCAACCCUAACUUUCUAUGAUUCUCCGAUUCUAUGACUUCAGACUAACACAGCUAACUACACUCUCUGCUUUUGUUUGGCCAGGGCUUGCAGGGGGGUCUGUGGCAGCAUUUGGAGGUUUGCAAGCAGGGAGGUUUGUGGCAGCGUUCUCGGGCUGUGCUGAGCCUUGGGUGCUCUCCCCGUGUCCUGGUGCUGCAUGCUUCACUGCAGCCCCCUCCAGCCCCUGCUAAGGAGGGGAAAGAAUGCGAGCAUGCCAGGGCCUGCUCUUCACAGAUCAUCAAUUAGUGAUUAAAGUUCAGGCCGGGUGUAGCCCCCCUAACAUAGCCACCAGCCACUCACAGUCACUGCCUUUAUCUCAGUGCAAACAGUGCCUGGCAGCAAGUGAUUCAUCUCACUCAGUACUGGCCUGUUACUCAGUGACUACAGUUCAGCAGCCAGCAAGGCUGACUGCUUCAAAAGCAGGGGCUCAGAGCAUGCCCUGGCCUUUCCUUCCAGGUCUGUCCACUCACUACAAAGUCUGGCUGUCUGAUCAUCACAAGGAGAAGCUGAGCCCAUGUUGUGCCUGGGGAGUGUGGGGUAUGUCCAUUUGCCCCUUGACAAUCUGUUUUUUCUACAGCAGGAAAGCCAAGACAAGAGGCCUGCUCAGACCUGAGGACAGAAAGAGCCUGCACAACUGGAUUUUGUUACUGGCCAAUUUCAACUCCUGUGUCAUUUGGAUGAACUUCUUUUGAUGCCCAUUUCCUCCAGUGGGGAAGCUGAGUUGAACAUAGCUCCUACAGCAGCCUGAAGUCACAGUGAUGGGUGUUAGGAGAGGCUGGAGCUAGAGCAUAGGUAGAAACCCCUCUGCUUCCCAGGGCCAGGUGCAAGAGCCCAGUCUGUGAGAACUAAGUGCCCCCCACAACUGCCGUCUUGAUGGAUGUGUGCGCCAGAGAAUGUGGGAUUUGCUAUGAAGCCUACAGGGUGCCUUCCAGGUGGCGGGUGCCCAAGCUGCUUUUGUGCCAUCACUCCCUUUGCCUCUCCUGCCUCCGGAAGCUGGUCUGCCACAACAGGGCCUUCUCCUUCAUCAGCUGCCCCUUCUGCAGAACAGUGACGCUGGUGCCAGAGCAGGGGCUGCAGGCUCUGAAGAAUGACGAGGACAUCCUGCGGGAGACAUCAGCCCAAAGCAGCCUGCCCGCCUCUGGUGUCUUGGCAGCCGAGCACAAGGCCCAGGGGGAGGAAGAGGAGGAGGAGGAGGAACCCCCCAGUGCUUCUGAAUGUUCCUUGAGUGACUCCACGCUGUCCCUGGACAUGGACUUUAACUAUGUGACCCACUCAUCCGUCUUCACUGUCAGCAGCAUGGUCCCUCCGAACGCCAUCCGGGUUCCAGCCAGCCCUGGGGCCUGGCAUGGGUUCCACAUGCAGGAGGUGCAGAACACCUUUGUGGUGGGGCUCCCGAGCCGGGUGACACCUGUGGACAUUCAGCCGCCCAUCUCCUCAGUGGAGAAUCUACGCCUGUGCUUCGCCGUGGGCAUCAUCAUCCUCAUUGUGUCCAUCUUCUUCAUGCUCGUCUUUCUCAAGUAGGCAAGGACUUUGGGAGGUGGACCAGGGAUGAGCCUAACUCAGUGGGCUUGAGGAAAGCACAGACUGGGGUUUAAGCUACAGGGACGGGUCUUUCCGUAUGGAUUGACUGUGUUGGGACAUGUGAAUUCUGCAGGAGCCUGGAUGCUGCUUCUGCACAUCUGAGCUGCCCUCCCCCCGAUAAAGACUCGCUGAGCCAUGCAAGUGGCGUCCACUGGUCCUGAGGCUGUUACGGGGGCUUCACUGAGGGCAGAAGGGCCAUAUUCUGCCUUCAGCCAUGGCAGCUGGCUAAUGACAUGAGCCUUUGGGGAAAUAGGGCUUGGUUUCUGGGUUGCUUUCUAGUCCAUGAGUGUUUGGAGAUAGUAUUUGCUUCCAUGUGCAGGAAGCACCACACUGUACUUUACCAUGGCUGGGUUGGUUAGAUAUGGGGUCAGGCUAAUGAGCUCUGUAGGACUGAAUGCCCUGGCUGCUUUGGAUGGGAAGUGCUGGGAGGGCAAGUUGUGAGAAAAGCAGAGAAAAGAUCAAAUUGGGCAGGUGUUCCCAGCUCGACCCCAAAACCAAGCUACUCAGCAUGACAGGCCUCUUGUGAAAAGGGUCAUAUGCUCAAGGGUAGGGCCUACGGUAAUCUGUUCUAUCCCACGUGGAUUUCACCAAAUGGCCAGCUGCUCCCCUGUGAGUGGCAAGGCUUCUGCUCAUCUGAAACACCUUUGGGGGAGCUUGUGUGGGGGAAAUUGCUUGCCCAGCUACCUUUGUCUCCUCUUUGCAGUGUCAGUAGUGCCAGCUGCACAGGUCCAAACACCAAGGUUUGGGCCUCCUAAAGCAUAAGCUUUAAAAAAAAUAAUAAACCAUAUAUUGUUUUUUC